AUGAGAACUAAUCAUUAAUACAAUUAUAAUUAUAAAUUAGACUAAAUAUUUUAGAGAGAGAAGUAACUAUUCAUAGUAAAUAGGUCAUAUGAUCUCCAUUUGAAGAAGUUGAAUGAAAUCAUGAGCAAGAAAACAUAAUCCCAAUAAAGAGUCUAGCAUUUAGAAGUCCUGGAAAAAAGAAACAACUUACGAUUACAAAGAAGACGUUUCGAUCAAAAUGGUAUGUUAUCAUCUGCUAUAUUAAUAGAAUAAUCAGAGCGCAUUAACAAGGGCAAUAGCUAGCUAUAUUAAAAAAUAACAGAAAUCUGCAAUAGACCCAUGUAAUAAGAUUACUAUAAAUAUGAAGAUGAUUAACUACAUCACCCUCACAAUCUAAACCUAACCUUUCGUAAGAAUCAAGCUUAACAAAUACAAAAUGAAAAUAUUAAAAUUGCUGAUCGACUCAUGAAAUAAGAACCAGUCUUGAAAUUAGAGGAGUUUUCACAUUCUUAUAAGGAGAAUAAGAGGAUAGUGAUGAGAUUGCAAAGAUAUUAACAGUGUUAAAACUACAUGAAUAACAUCAGGUAAAAUUCAUAAAACUAUAAAUUAAGAAAUAAUAUGACAUAUUCUUACAGAGAUCCUACAAACAACAGUUCAAUAAUUUCAAGAAAGAAAGAAAAGCAAUAGUUAUAAUUUUAGUUGUAACCAAUUAUUAAUAAGUAAAUAUUCUUAAUCAAAAAUCUAUAGUUUAAAAGCUAAAUCUAUCGAACAUACUGAAAUAGAUAAGCAAAUUGAAACUAAAAAUCACUUUUUAUCAUAAGAUCUAGAAAAAUUGAAAGAUUAUUAAAUUAAAGCAUAAUUAUCUGAAAUUCAAUAAGUAAAUGAGGAAUCUUAAAUUGAAACCAUUAGAUAGGAUGAAACUGUUGAUCAGCAUAUACAAUAAUAAAUUGAGAGAGAAGUUAAACUUUAUCAAGAAGAGCAAAGUGAUGAUAUUGAAUAAUAAUUAAAAUGA